AUGGCACCCACCAACCCCUUCCACGACUCGCAAACCACGGCCACUGCCAACAAUGCGCACCCCUCUGAUGGCCUGCCAGAGGACCAGAUCCCUUCAGAGCCUCCUCCAGCGUACACUCCCUCUGCAACCACGGGCACCGGCGAAUCCACCGUCCAAGCAGGGCCGCUCAGGCCUGAUUGCUCAGGCCCCCCACCUAUGCCUGACUGGGUCGAGCGGCAGCAACAGCAGCAGCAGCAGCAAUAUACGGGAGGAAGCGGUGUGGGCGUUAAUUUGACUGGAGUUGGGAUGGGGUAUGGACAUGGUGGGCAGGGUCAUAGCCAGGGGCAAUACGCCAAUGGGAACAGCUCGAGUGACGAGACAAAAUUUCCCCCGCCCCCUCGCCAUCCCUCUGCGACUUCCUCGUCGGCACGACCGCCCCCGCCUUUGCCAAGCAGAGACUCUACGACACAGCCUUCAUCGUCUCAAAGCGCGGCGCCAACAGAGGCGCCGACUCCAGGCCGGCCGCUACUGCACCGAGGCCAGAUGUUGGUCUACCCCGGAGGUUUCUGGUGCAGCAAGUGUAACAAUACGGGCUAUAAAGCCAACGAUCCCUCAAAUCCUCAUGAGAGAGAUUGGAAAAAGUAUGGCAGGGUGUACAACUCUGCCCUCGCUCAUUCUUACACUCAGGCCCUCUCUGCCGGCCUGCACAUGUCCGACAACUUUCAAAAGCCUUUGCCUUCCUAUGCCCCCGCUGGGCAUGCCCCGGCUUCGGCCCCAUAUUCGGGUCCGACCUCGGGGCAGUACAGUCACCUGCCCCCAGCCCCUGGCAGUAGCGGCAAGUGGAGUACAUACCCAGGCCAAGGCCAAGAUCCGGGGCAGAGCUAUGGCCACUUGCCUCCACCCCCUCAACCUCAACGUCAACAGCAACUACAAUACCCAGCGCCAGGGCAACAGAUCUUUGUGCAGAGAACGGCGGGGAUGGCGCCUCCGGGAGCGCUGGUAGUAGCGCCAGGGGAUCCUAGGAUCGGUGGGAGGUGA